AUGCCCACCGCCGGGGCCCUCUCCUUUGACGUGGUCAGCCAGGCCAGGCCGCUGGAGGGCGCGGCGCCGCUGGCGGAUGAAGCAUUGAUGGCUCUGCUGCAGGACAGGGUGGGCAUCGAAUUUGAACCUCCGCCGGAGGACGGCGGCAGCCCGAGCCCGUUGCCUGCAUCCGAUUUUGCGGCGGCCAACUCCCAGAUCCAGGCGCUGCGGCGCGCGGCGCCGGGCCUGGUGGUGUCGAGUGCUCAGGCACGCAUGAUUGCAGCAGAGUGCUUCCAGUUUGGCCCCCACCGCGUGGAGGCGGCGGUGGUGCUGUUCCCUCUGACGGUAGACCGCGGAGACGCCUACUGGACGGUUGCGUAUGCCCUCUCAGGGAUUGAGCAGUCGCUCCUGGCCUCACGCAUCGGCCCCGCGGCGCUGUUCAAUCCGAAGCGACCCAGCGGCCACUACCUGCUGGACACGGCCCACCCCGGGCACAUGGAAAUCGCCCGGAAGCUGGUAGCGGCGGCUGUGGCUUCGGGGGAGCUUCCCAAUUUAUGGAAUCUGCGGCUCAGGGGUGAGUGGUUGGUUGGGUGUUGA